AUGCAAACACACUGUAAGGAAAGGGGGAAGGAGCAGACAGCUCUCCUCCCUCCCACCCCUUCUGUAGCUGAUGCGCUUUGGUUUGCUCAAAACCAUUUGCUCCUAACAAAUGCAGGAGGGCUGGGGAGACUGGGGGGAAAUGUUGUUGGAAAAGUAGAAAGGCUUGUGAAAGUUGUCCCUUUCUUUCAGGGACAGAAGCGCAGUCAGAGCGAGAAACUGCUGCGAGGUUGUAGUGUCUUUCAGAAAAUCCCUCCUCCUGAAUUUGAAAAGUGGUGCUAUCCUGCUUCGAAGGCCCCAAGUGCUUGGAAACUUUUGUCUUCUCAUUAA